AUGCAUUGGGCUGCCGUCAUUGUGCUGUCUGAAGCUAAUCUUGGUGCUUCUUCAUGGCUGGUGAUGUACGUUGAAGUCACCUGUGAAGACCAAGGAGCAGGUGGUCGUCAGCAGUACGUUGCAGUAUUCCAACUGGGAGUCAGGUUGUGGCUAUUCAGAACGAACUACCAAUACCAUGCUGAAGGAGGAGCUAAUUGUAUCUUCUUUAAUGCAACCAGCUUUCACGAGGGUGGACUAAACUUCACCUAUAACAAGCGCGUGAACGGAACGUGGAAACAUGUGCCACACGUUGCAACUUACAUCACAGAAAAAGAUCCUUACUACGAACCCCACGAGAAUCGGACAAGUCCCAACAGCAUCUGGGUGCUGAAGUCACCAGGCAAUCCAGAUAAUAGAACCUACAGGUUGAUCUAUAGCGGAAGCAACGGCUGCUCGGUCUUCCGGGUGCCAGGACAACAUAACGGGAUGGGCUGUAUGGUUGUUAUCACUGAUGAUAAUGUAAGCGACGGUAUGGAUCAAAAUUGCACAAGCUUGUAUGACAAUGCUUGUGGAAAGUAUUACACAAAUAUUCAAGUGUUUAAUAAUUCUUGCAAGAUUGAAGCUCCCGAAUAAAGCCUUCAACAACAUGUG